UCCUUGACAUUUUACCACAUUAAACAUAACCUGUUGUGUGAUUUUUGCCAAUGCCAAUUUUUCACCUUCCUAAAACCAUGGAGAUUCUUGCUUCUGUAACAUUCUUCUUGAUCUUAUCAUCUUUCUGUUGUUUCAUCAUCAUUCCAAGUCUCUGCUCUGAAUCACUAAACAUUAGAUGCAUAGAAAGUGAGAAAAAUUCCCUUCUUGACUUCAAAUCUAGUCUCAAAGAUCCUCACAACCUUCUUUCUUCAUGGGAAGGCAGUGAUUGCUGCAACUGGAAGGGAGUUACUUGCAACAAUGAAACAAACCAUGUUGUUAGCUUAAAUAUUGGAUACUGGCAUCUUUUCAAUGGUCUUAGUACCGCAUGGCGUAUCGGCGGUGAGCUUAGUCCUUCUUUGAUUGCCUUGAAUGAACUGAAUCACUUGGACCUCAGCUCUAAUGAUUUUGGAGGCAUUGCUGUACCUGAAUUCAUUGGUUCAAUGAAGAAACUCAGUUAUCUUAAUCUCUCUAAUGCUGGUUUCAGCGGAAGGAUUCCUCAUCAGCUCGGGAAUCUAUCGACUUUGCGGUAUCUUGAUCUCAACUCCUUUUACUAUUUCCAUGAUCUUUAUGUCGACAGUCUUUCUUGGCUUUCUCGUCUUUCUUCAUUGCAAUAUCUUGAUAUGAAUUCAGUGAACUUUGGGAAUAUUGGUGACUGGUUUGUUUCAAUAAGCUUGAUUCCUUCUCUAUCUGUUUUGAAGCUGUCUCAUUGCAAGCUUAAAGAGUUCCCUCUAUCAUUAUCGUUUCUUAAUUUGACAUCUCUGACUUAUCUUGAUCUUUCCAACAAUGAAAUCUAUUCUCGACUUCCAAAUUGGCUUUUCAAUUUGACUAGCCUUCAGUAUCUCAAUCUCCAAUUCAAUCAAUUCCAAGGUUCUAUGCCUGAUGAGUUUGCAAGUUUGAUUUCUCUUGAGGUAGUUCAGCUAGGAAAUAAUGAACUUGUGGGGCCUAUUACUCAAACAAUCAGUUUUCUCUGCAAACUUAGAACUCUUGACUUGUCAUCAAAUAAUAUCACCGGAGACACAGCCUCACUGGCUGAAAUUUCAGCCGGUUGCGCGGGAAAAAGCUUGGAGGUCUUGAAUUUGAGAAACAAUAAUCUGACAGGUAACUUGUCAGAUUGGUUAGUAAAGUUUGAGAGAUUAGAUACUCUUGAUCUUGGCCAUAAUUCAUUGAAUGGUGUGAUUCCGGGGUCCAUUGGGAAGCUCUCAGCAUUGAAAUAUCUUACGCUUACUCACAAUGGAUUUAAUGGAACUCUGUCAGAGAGUAUUGGCCAACUUUCCGAACUUAUUUUGCUUGAUCUCUCUUUCAAUUCAUUGGAUGGAGUUAUUUCUGAUGUUCACUUUGCUAACCUUUCAAAGCUGGAACAGUUGAGCUUAGCUUCAACAUCUCUUGCCUUUGGAAUGAGUUCAUCUUGGAUUCCUCCCUUCCAGCUGAAGUUAAUUGGUUUGCACCUUUGCAAACUCGGCCCCAAGUUUCCUUCGUGGCUUCGAACACAGAAGGAUUAUAGUGUAAUGGAUUUGUCAAAUACCAAGAUUGAAGAUGCAGCUCCUAAUUGGGUAUGGAACUUAUCAGAAAAAUUUUUGAUGCUUGAUCUCUCUCACAAUCUGAUCUCAGGAAAGCUCCCUGCAACUUUGGGGUUUGCCAGUAUUUCAAUCCUGGAUUUGAGUAAUAACAAAUUCGAGGGUACGUUGCCGACUUUGGCUUCGAGCAUGGAAUAUUUGGAUCUCUCAAACAACAUGUUUACUGGCAACAUUCUUCGAUUCGUCAGCUAUCGGCUGCCUAUAUUGUCUCAUUUGUUCCUCUCCAACAAUCUCCUCAGCGGUCCAAUCCCGUCAUCCAUAUGCCAAGACCUUGAAUUAUAUGUCAUAGAUCUCUCAAACAAUCAGCUGUCAGGGGAACUUCCCACAUGCUUGGCUGAUUUGUGGGCUCUAACGGCAUUAGAUCUUGCAAACAACAAUUUAUCCGGAGAAAUUCCAUCCACACUUGGCAAUAUGAAGGAACUGAGAACUCUGCAUUUGGGAGGUAAUCAUUUCAAGGGAGAGUUACCUACAGCAUUACAAAAUUGCACUACUUUGGUGACUCUUGAUCUUGGCAGAAAUGAAAUCUCCGGGUCGAUACCAGCUUGGAUUGGCGAAUUGCUUCCGUUUCUGAGGAUACUUCGACUUCGAUCGAAUUUCUUUAAUGGCACUAUUCCUUCACAACUAUCUCGUCUCAGUUCUCUUCAGAUAUUGGACCUUGCCAAUAAUAGUCUGUCAGGAACAAUACCACCAAGUUUCGGUAAUAUCACAGCGAUGGCUCAAACACACAAGCCCAAUGAACGCAUGUUAGAGGACAUGCGGAAUGCUGUGCAAGCUAGUGUGGAUAACUAUGGUCCCUUCGGAUACAUGGAGACCUUGCUAGUGGUCAUUAAAGGAAGGGAGCAAGAGUACAGUCAAAAUCUCCAAUAUGUGGCAAGCAUAGACCUCUCAAACAAUCAGUUAACUGGGCAUUUCCCUCGAGAAUUGUGUGAUCUCAUUGGAUUGCAAAAUUUAAAUUUGUCUAGCAACCAGUUGACAGGAAGAAUUCCAGAUGAGAUCGGCAAGUUGAAGCUGUUGGAGUCUCUUGAUGUAUCAGUGAAUGGCUUUACAGGUUCAAUACCAACAGGUAUGUCUGUUUUGACUUUGUUGAGUCACUUGAAUCUGUCGUAUAACAAUUUCUCAGGGAGAAUACCUUCGGGAUACCAGCUUCAGACCUUCGAUUAUACUUCUUACUUGGGAAAUCCCGGUCUCUGUGGACCUCCUCUGAAUAAAUGCGGGAGCAACGAAACAAUUUUCAACAAAAUUCUAGCUUGUGCUGAUGGAAGUGAUGAAUGUGAAUCUGAAAAGCUCGGGUUGUACCUCGGCAUUGCCUUUGGGUUUGUCACUGGAUUUUGGGCGAUCUGGGGCGUUCUGUUGUUCACUAAGACUCCAAGCGAAGCUUAUUUUGAGUUCCUUGACAAGCUGAUAGAUAAGGUUCCUUUUGCAAGAAAUAUGAGCAGAUACGAUGAGGAGGAUGAUGAGGAAACAAGCUCACAAACCUACUGAAAAUUUAGAAGUUAUCAGCAUUGCAACUUUACUUACAACUUCUGCAUCUUGUACAUAAAUCAAAUUGCAACUAUUUCCUAUUAAAAUGGGUUUCCCAUCUCUCAAGUUCGAAGUCUUUGCUGCUGUAAAAGGAUUUGUUGCUUUCGCUAUGCCACUUGGUCCCGAGAUUGAAUGAAUCUUGCCCACUUCUUGUACCUUAAAACCUCAUGUUGUAUAUGAUGUUGACUCUUUAUUUUGGCUUAAAUUUGCUAGCUAAAUUAGAAGUUUCAGAUAUUUUUACUUUCCUAAAUGUGAUAAAUAAUCAUCAAGACAUCCUUGUUAUCCGAC